CAGCAAACUGCCUAUCAGACUGGAAACUCCAGCUGCUUAACAGCAUAGAUGUGCAAGGGCGGUGAAAGGGCAGGAGGAUAUAUGUGAGAGCAUUCUCCUUGUGACUGUAUAGUAUAUAAGGAGUAAUCCCAGUUAUACUUUCACUGCACAACUAUUGCAAGGGAUCCAAGAUGAUGAAGUUCCUGUUACUCGCUGUCCUCGUCCUCGUUGGAUAUUGUUCUGCUGAUGUUCAGUACAUUGAGGACAUUGCAGACAAUGCACGUGUGGUAGGAGGAACAAAUGCAGGCAAAAAUGCCUGGCCAUGGCAGAUAUCUCUCCAAUACAUCUCUGGCAGCAGCUGGUACCACACCUGUGGAGGUACUCUGAUCCGUGCUAACCGUGUGCUGACUGCUGCUCACUGUGUGGACAGGGUAGCCACCUACCGUGUGGUCUUGGGAGAACACAACCUGAGCGCAAAUGAUGGAACAGAGCAAACUAUCUCAGUGUCAGCCAUCCGUAUUCAUGCAUCCUGGAACACCAACAAUGUUGCUGCCGGUUAUGAUAUUGCCGUCCUCCAUCUGGCAUCCAGCGCUACUAUUAAUAGCUACGUGAAACUGGCUGCCCUGCCCGCUAGUGGCGUUGUUCUGGGUAACAACCACAACUGCAUUAUUUCAGGAUGGGGAAGAACCACUACCGGUGGAUCUCUGCCAUCCAUCCUCCAGCAGGCCCCUCUGCCCGUGGUGGCCCACGCAACUUGCUCAACCGGCUCUUACUGGGGCAGCACUGUCAAGACCACUAUGGUUUGUGCUGGUGGUAAUGGAGCCCAGGCUGGAUGCAAUGGAGAUUCCGGUGGACCCCUGAACUGUGUAGCCGGUAGCGGAUAUGAAGUCCAUGGUGUGACUAGCUUUGUGUCCUCCCUUGGAUGCAACGCCUACCUUAAACCAACAGUGUUCACCAGAGUAUCUGCCUACACUUCCUGGAUCAACAGUAACAUCUAACCUUGCCUGAUGUGAUACAGAGUGAAGAUUUGGUAACAUCAAAGAUACAGUAUCUGUAGGGAAAAUAUUAAAUUUCUCUUUAUGAAAUCAAAGAUACAAU